CUCGCUCCCUCGGUCUCUCUCUGACUCACUGGGACUCGGGGCCGGUGCGCGACUGAGCGGUACCUCUCGCCGACUUUGCCAAGCGGUCGAACAGCGCGGCCCCUGCGCCCGACGCAGUCUGGGGCGGCCGCCGAGCCCUGGCGGGAGCCCGAACCAAAUCUAGCUCGCCGGAGACGGCACCUCUGUCAGCCUCCUCUCAGUGGUAUUUAUUGUGUGUGGCGUGGCCCUGGUGGCAGUUUUUCUCUUUCUUUUUUGGAAGCUGUGCUGGACGCCCUGGAGGAGCAAGGAGGCCUCCAGUCCCUCUUCUGCUAACGUCCUCCCGGAAGCCCUCCAGAGCCCCAGCUCCAGAGGCAACAUGGCCGACAAGCUGAAGGACCCCCAUACCCUGGGCUUCCUGGAGGCAGCCGUGAAGAUCAGCCAUACGUCCCCAGAUAUUCCGGCCGAGGUGCAGAUGUCAGUGAAAGAACACAUCAUGCGUCACACGCGGCUGCAGCGACAGACCACAGAGCCAGCAUCAUCCACCAGGCACACGUCCUUCAAGCGCCACCUGCCCCGGCAGAUGCACGUGUCCAGCGUGGACUACGGCAACGAGCUGCCGCCGGAGGCCGAGCAGCCCACGAGCAUCGGCCGCAUCAAGCCCGAGCUCUACAAGCAGAAGUCGGUGGAUGGGGACGACGCCAAAUCUGAGGCGGCCAAGAGCUGCGGGAAGAUCAACUUCAGCCUGCGCUACGACUACGAGAGCGAGACCCUGAUCGUCCGCAUCCUGAAGGCCUUCGACCUCCCCGCCAAGGACUUUUGCGGCAGCUCCGACCCUUACGUCAAGAUCUACCUCCUGCCCGACCGCAAAUGCAAGCUGCAGACCCGCGUGCACCGCAAGACCCUGAACCCCACCUUCGACGAGAACUUCCACUUCCCGGUGCCCUACGAGGAGCUGGCCGACCGCAAGCUCCACCUCAGCGUCUUUGACUUCGACCGCUUCUCCCGCCACGACAUGAUCGGGGAGGUCAUCCUGGACAACCUCUUUGAGGCCUCCGACCUGUCCCGGGAAACCUCCAUCUGGAAGGACAUCCAGUACGCCACGAGUGAAAGCGUGGAUUUGGGAGAGAUCAUGUUCUCCCUUUGCUACCUGCCCAGCGGCAGGCUCACCCUCACGGUGAUCAAGGCCGGAAACCUCAAGGCGAUGGACAUCACAGGCUACUCAGAUCCAUAUGUCAAAGUGUCCCUGCUGUGUGAUGGGCGGAGACUGAAGAAGAAGAAAACCACCAUAAAGAAGAACACCCUGAAUCCCACCUACAAUGAGGCCAUCAUCUUUGACAUCCCUCCAGAGAACAUGGACCAAGUCAGCCUGCUCAUCUCAGUGAUGGAUUAUGACCGAGUGGGUCACAAUGAGAUCAUAGGCGUCUGCAGUGUGGGGAUCAGUGCCGAGGGCCUGGGCAGAGACCACUGGAACGAGAUGCUGGCCUACCCCCGGAAGCCCAUCGCACACUGGCACUCCUUGGUGGAGGUAAAGAAAUCCUUCAAAGAGUGGCAGGGCCGAGCUGCCAGCUUAGACAGCGAGAGCUCGAGUCCCUCUCCAAAGCUGCCUCUGACACCAUGAGCGGCACGGCCAAGCGACAGUCGGGGCUCAGCACCGUUCUUUUUGCACUCGUUCAACUGUUCAACCUUCUAAACAGUGUUGUGCAGCGGCCGGCAGCACAUUGCUCACUGCAGUUUUAACUGCUCCUGUGUAGGUCACGGCCGAGACACUUGUCGUGUGGUCAGAUCUGUCUUCGUCUUUUCUGUCUCCCACGGUGAUGUUUUUUUGUGGUUUUCAACUUUUUAUGGAUCUGCUGUCAAGAAAAGAAGAAGAAGAAGAAAAAAGUACGGGGAGGGGGGAAAAACAAAAGCGUAGACAGCCCAGAAGCUGGUUCAAUAAAAUACGAUGUGGCAUAGUUGUCUUUGGGGGGGGAGGGGUUUGAAAUUCUGCAAUUUUGUGUCUCCACGGAGCUCUACUACCCCGGAGAAGAAGGCAGGAGGCUGGAGCUAUGGCUGCUUUCUCCGUGGCCUGCAGGAAUGCUGCAAACCAGUCCAAGAGCCUUUCCAAGGCUGAUUGUAACUCUUUGAGGCUCUUCGCUGAUGUGACAUUAGCAGGUUGCAUGUUGAAAUCACGAGCGCCCUGUGGUGUCUGUGAACUUUUUUCAGCGGGUCGUGCAGGGUUCCUCUCUCCCCUUCUACGGUGACUUCCUUCAUAAUUUGAAAAUGUCUGUAUUCCCCAGGAGAACUUAGUCACUUUCUUUAGGAACGAUUCUGCUGAAACCAAACAUGCCGUCUGUUUUCUUGCGCCUCACAAUUCAUGGCCGUAUUUGUUUGGAAAACAUGAUCUUUGUUCUCAAAAGUAACCUUCAUGGCAAAGAAAAGGAGGUACACGCGUUCCAGAAUGAUUUCUGCAUUAUACAUGGCUUUCUAAUCCCCACAAAGUAUCCAGCAGUUGUUCCAAAUGCCUGCACGGAUCAAAGAAAAACCCAGAUGAAAUGUUCUUUUCUGAGUGGGGAGUUUUGAAAUCCAAGUAAUCGUUAGAGUCCAUGUUUAUAGAAAUGCAGUCAGCUUAAGCCUGUGUCUGCCUCCCUUGAUGCUGGGACAAUAUUCAUCUUACACUUUAGUUCUAUAAAUUACUAAGUACUUCAGUAUGUGUUUGUUUCAGUGGUAAUGAAGGGUUUUUUGUUUUUGUUUUUUUUUCCUUUAGAUUUCUACCUUAGGCCAAAUACAGUUUAGUGGAAAAAAAAAAUGUUUAAACUAUUCUGUAUUGUAAUAGUGCAUUUCUACUGAGAUAAUAGUGCUCUUCCCACUAACCCCCUCUAACUAGGUUGAUUUGCUCAUCAGUCUGUUUAGCCCUGGUAAAUGUGUGUGGAGGUGAGUUUCCACUUCCAUUUGCAACCAGACAAUGCUAAUUUCCAGAGCUGCGUGUGUGACUUGCAAGAGGCCAGUCUGCCUAAGCACCCCUUCUUUCAACGAUGGAAGGUCAAGAACGUAAAAGCUAUUCACACACCCUGUGUCUUACUCUUUCUAUAUGUCACAUGCUUUAGGAGAUGCAACUCAAUAAAGUAACUUUCAUUUUAAGCCAAGUUAUCAGGUUUCUUUUCUGGUAUAACUUUGGAUAGUUCCUUCCAGUCCUAAAAUGACCAUGUUGGGCGUGAGGUGACAGGCUGUUGUGGCAAAAGAAGUUUCUGGCUUGGAAAAGUAAAUGCAGAGAAACCCCAACUUCACCCUGUACUAAGCCUUAGCCUAGGGGCAGUUGUGCCAUUGGCAUAAAGACAAGUUUUCUCCCCAGAUGUCUUGUGCCUUCUUAGGCAGUCCAGAGGCUAGAUAGUCUCUCGAGAGCAAGAAAAAAAUCCAAGGUCAUGGCAAGACUCACAGUAGGACAUCACUUCACUUUUCUUGACUGACCGCACCAAGAUGGCCACCUCAAUGACCAAGCAGGUGCUGUGGGUCCUGCAUCUAUGAAGGGGACAAUUGAGUUUCCUGGGUUAUAAGGAGCCCCAAAAUUAGUGUGAAGAGGUUCUUCCAGAAGUGAGCUCAACGUUCUUGUGCAGCUGUCAUCUUUAAACCCUUAGGCAGGCGAGCGUGACCACUCUCAGUUUUUGGAGAAGGGAGUGUGAUCGGUGAAUCACGGACUUAGUUACAGUUCUCAGACAUUCCUCUUCUAUCCAAGCCCAUCUCUCACACCAGUGAGCCCCUCCCAGUGGUUUCGGAAAUUCAUUUCCUGAGCAGAUUAUGCUCAGCCCCCACACUACCCUACCCAACCACCCCCACCCCAGCUCCAGCAACAGCCGUAAGGUGGUAAAUUUCCAUGGGCCGGGAGCCCACCUCAGGAGGCUUUCUGGGUCCUCAGCCUGAAACGGGAACGAAACUUGAAUGUGUGCCAACUUCAUUAUCAAGCCCAAUAUCUCUCCCCCAUAGAUGAGAAUAAAAUGAAUUACAAGUUCCUGAAUAAAAUGAAACACAUGGUUGAUUCAUUGGUUAGUUUCCUCUGUCAUGAGAAACCUCUUG